CGUUCCUACCUCGUCAUUAAUUUAUUCUAAUUAUACGUAAAUAUGCGUUACCGCCAUUAUGGAGGACAAACAAACGUAAACAAAUAGUUCGGAGAUGUCAACAGAAAGCGAACAUUUGUCUAAGCUUGAUUCUAAUGCAAAGCAAAGAUACUUAGAAAAAAUAAGCUUUAUAAACCACGUUGAUCCAUAUCUUCUUAAAGAUACUGAUUUCUCUGAUAAUAUAGAUAGUUAUCCAAAUGUUACAUAUCCGGAUAUUGUUAACUAUUUUUUAUUUGCUCCAAGUCCUCUUACUAAGGAUCAGUUAAAAGCAUACAAAGCUCUUGAUUCUUAUAAUCAAUUUGUAUCAGGUUGGGUUAUCAACGCUGGUGUGAAAUUAUUUGAGAAAUAUGUUCUUAUUCAUGGCAGAGUGAAACACUCUCAAAAAAUGAAUGAUGUACCAUUACAUCCAUGGAUUAUUUCGGAGAAGUCAGGAAAUAUAGUUUGUGCACAUUGCAAUUGCAUGGCUGGUCUCGGAGAAAGUUGUUCACUUGUUGGUGCGGUACUAUUUCAUAUUGAGUGUGCAGUUAAAAUUAGAAAUUCAAAAACAUGCACUGAUGAAAAAGCUUAUUGGUUACUACCAAGCUCUAAAAAGAUAGAAUUCAAGCCUGUUUCAGAUAUUGAUUUUACAUCACCCAAAUCUUUGCAAUGCAAUUUAAAUAAUAAAGUUCAAGGCAUAAUCUAUGACAAAAAAAUAGCACAUAGAAAAAGUGUUUCUAUUCCAACAAAAGAUGAAACUGAUAAAUUUUUUUUAGACCUUAGUCAAUGUGGAACAAAACCAGCUAUUCUUUCAAUUAUUCCUGGGUUUACCAAACCUUAUCAACCAUCAAUAAUAACAGAAAAAUAUCCUGAAUCAUUGUCAGAUCUUUAUCAGAAAAAUAUAUUUCUAAACUUUGAACAACUCCUAGCUGCUUGUAAAAAAAAAAAAAUUACAAUAACGAUUGAGCAAAGUAAAAAUGUUGAGAGUACAACGCGACUUCAAGCAAAAAGUAAAAACUGGUUUUACUUUAGGGCAGGUCGUAUAACUGCUUCAAAAUUCGGGAGUGUGUGCUGCGCAAACAUCACCCAACCACCAAUCAGUUUGAUUAUGCAAGUAUGUUACCCCAUUCAAGCACGUUUUUGCACAGCAGCAACAAAAUGGGGAAAUGACCAUGAAAAAAAAGCAUUGACUUUGUAUUCCACAACCAUGGAAAAGAAACACUCUAAAUUUUCAAUAAAAAAUUGUGGGUUUUUUAUUUCAGUUCAACAACCCUUCCUUGGUGCAUCACCAGAUGUAGUUAUUAACUGUGAUUGUUGUGGAAAUAGUUGUCUGGAGAUAAAAUGUCCAUAUAGUAUGAGAGAUAAAUACAUUAGCGAAUUAUUAGAUUUUAAAAAUUGUUGUCUGGAAAAUAAAGCUGGUUAUAUAUCUUUAAAAAAAUCACAUAAAUAUUACUAUCAAGUUCAGUGUCAGUUAUAUGCAUCAUCAAGUAACUACUGUGAUUUUUUUAUUUGGACAUCAAAAGAUUCGUAUUGCGAAAGAAUAUUGCCGGAUUUGGAAUUUAUGGACAGGAAUAUAAUAAAAUCUAAACAAUUUUUUAAAGAAUGUAUUUUACCUGAACUAAUUAACAAAUUUUACAGCCAAAAAAAUCAAUUAAUGAAAGAAAUAUCAGAUAAAAAUAAAUUUAUACUAAUAGAACACAGCUACUUUAAAAAAGAAAACAAAGUUUUUAAUGAUCACGAUUAUUGUAUAAAAUUGUAAUAAAAAUGUAAACUUUUAAUAAAAAUAUUUUAUACUUAAUUUGUUAAUAUUUAUUUUUGUUUAUAAGAUCUAGUUUCAAUUAAUUAUUCAAUCCUGUUAAAUUUUU